AUGAAGGAGUUCAGACUUGCUCUCUUAUUAUCCAAAGUCAAAACUGAAUUAGAGAAACUCCAUCAAAAUGAUCCAGCUUGCAAUGUUAGCGUAUCCAAGGACGAGAAUGGGAAAGUAAUUGAAGACGAUGAUGCAAUUGAGGAAAAUGUUGACACUGAGGAAGUUACUGUAGAAGACGAAGAUAGCAAUGAGGAUGACCCUGCUACGAAUGAUCAUCCUAAUGAAGAAGACAAUGAAGAUGUAGAUAGUGAUGAAGAAAACAACGAUGACGAAGAUGGCGAGAAUGAUAAUAAGGAAGACGAUGAUGGUGAUAACGAGAAUGAUGAUAAGGAGGAUGAUGAUGGCAACAUCGAAAUCAUACCCGAAAGAUCCCCCACACCCCACUCAUCUUCUCACAAAGAGAAUCCCCUUCGUGAUCCUUCCCCUUCAGCACCUCCACCUACAAACAAUCGGAUUGUUGCAAACCCAGCGAGUGAUGGCAAAAUGGAAGCAUCACCACCAACAACAAAUCAAUUGAAUCCGAAAUCACCUCGUGAUGGAAAACUGGAAGCAUCACCAAGUACGAAUCAAGUCAUUCUUGAACAUAGAAAUGUCUUUCGUGAACCCAAGAGCAUCCACCCCGACUCGGGCUUUCAUGUCGAAUCUAUUGAACCCGAAGACAUCAUGCACCAUCUGUUGACCACAAUUCAAAGAGUCGAGCUUCUGCAUUAA